UGCUCCCUGGGACCGGAGUCUGAAGAGAGAGGGGCAGCUGCCUGCUUGUGACGUCAGCGCUGGGAGAACUUCUACUUAUUAUUACUGAUUUAUGAACACCGGCUGGCAUAGAGUCAGAGACUGGUCCGGUCACACUGGACCUAGCUGAGGUGCGUUGGAAGUUUGAAUGGACACUGUUGGUGAGUGCAGUAGCAAGAAAGGAACGCGCCGCCAGAACACCGGGAAGAGGCCAGUGAGGAAACGCUCAUCACGAAAUCGGAAACAGACUUCAGUCUCACAGCUCAUCCAGCAGCUGCGGGAGACAGUGUUCCCCGACCCUGACGCACAAGCCACAAGGCACCAGGUUCUGCAAACGGCUAAACUAUAUAUCCAGCAACUGGAAAACACACUGGACUCCUUGCUAAAGAUGAGAGGUCGUUGCCAGACGGAGGACAGCGGCUGCUGCAGCCUGGAGGAUAUCAAGGAGGAAUAUUUACAGCUGUAUCACAUCGAUCAGGGGGGCGCUGUUGCUGAUAAGGAGGAGAAGCCUGACGUGGAGCCUGUAUUCUGGUUCCUAGAGCCAGAGUUUUCAUGGGACCUGGAGGAAGUGGUUGAGGACUUGCAGAUUAGCAAACCGCAGACCCCCGAGGCGUUUUCCUCGCCGGAUCUUGUGGAGUUUGACCGGUACCUGCACUUCUACACGCAGACAGUAGAUGUGUUAGUAGAGAACAGCGUGGUGUCCCCAGAGCAGGUCACACACCCUGUGGUGUCCAAGGCCAUUUUCAGUCUUUGGCAAGACCUUUCACAGGAGGGAAAGGCCAACAUUUACCAGUAUGGAAUCCCACAAGCCAGUAGCACUCCCUGCUCCCUAACUUACCCCUCAGGUACAGGCUGCACCAUAAGAGACAGUGGAGCAGAGAGCCAGGAGGCUACAAGCUCAUUUCUGUCUUCCACUCCUGAAGAAGUUCUCUAUGACGAUGCGUUUGACGUGGUCUCCGAUUUUCUGGCUCAAAACACCGAUCAGAUGAUGCAUAGCCCAAGAAGUCCUCCGCAUGGCAGUUCCCCAUUGGAGAGUCUAGAAGGAUAUUCCCACCUCUACCAGCAGAUCACUGGCUUUCUGAGGACCAGACUCUCAUCCUACACCCAGGCCUCUGUCCUGCAAUGCGACUAUGAGACCGUGCUUCUGAGGUGUACAGAAACUUUUGAAGAUGAAGACGAUCUGUGAGAAUUUUGGAAGAAAAGCAGCAGUGGCCACUCUAGUAAAGGAAAGCGCGGGUGAUCGAAAUAGAGUAGCUUUCAGGUUUCAAUAAAAAACAAAAACAAACCCCAAGCAUCCUCCAAUGAGCUGCUGGCUGAACCCUAAGUGGAUGCACUUUGUAGGCUCAACUAUUAAUCAGAAAAAUGCCACCUAUUAAUUUAGCAGGAACCAGCGAUAUCACCGAGGCCCUUGCUGUCCGUAUUGAAUUGACAGGUUGGUUGCUAUUUAUUUAUUUAUUUAUUAAUUCAACCUGCAGAAUGGCUGAUUUCUUAAUGUACUGGCAGCCAUUUUGUGUCGCCAGUUCCAAAUUAAAUGUUAGGCUGCGUUCUCGUGAUAAAUUUGUAAGCCCACAGUAUGGCUGCCUUGGGUGUGGAUUGAAGGAUAGACAGUACAUAGCCAAUAGGUCAACAGGAUCAAAAGUUCGCCAAUGACAAAAGGUCAACACAGAAAUGGUCGACACAUGUGUGUGGUUUUUUUUCCCCCCCCCCCCAUUUAUUUUAUCCCUUACCCCGCACUUAGUGCCUAACCCUAAUCCUCCCCCUGGUGACAGUGGUGUAUCUAUCAUGGGUUCGCCCAUUUUUUUCAAUACUCACCUCUCCGGAAUCCCUCGUCGGCAGAAGCACCUCUCGUCAAAUCACUGCGACAAUGGUGCUGUGGCCAUUUUCCACAUUCACAGUAAGGAGAUCUUCAGGAAAAUGGCCACCGCUCCAUUUCCCUGGAAAUUACACAUGAGCAGUACAAUAUUUGCCCCCCUGUGCACAGACUAUUGUGCUGCUGGCUACAUGUGAUGGACCCAGACGGAGGAGGCUGCACACGGGCUUCCUCCUCUGUUACACCCCUGCCUGGUGCAUAAUCCUCCCCCUGGUGCCUAACCGUCCCCUUCCGCAGCCUAACUCUAACCCUCCAUAACUGUCCCCUCUAGCCACCUAACCCUUACCAAAGUGCCUAACCCUAUCCCUUAGCAAUCGAGAAAAACCGUGUGUCAACCUUUUAUUUGUGUCAACCAUAUGUGUCGACCAUUUAUCUGUCGACCUUUAGAACCUGUCAACCAUCUGGUGUGGCCCUAUCUAUGUACUGUCUAUCCACCAUCUGGAUCCCGGCUGCAAGUGGACUUGAUAUUUUCCACAACAGCCUAAACGUAUUCAGCUGCUCGGAAAUUUGCGUCUAAAAUGUUCUUUCCUCGGAGGUCUCUUAAAGUGGACUGAUGCAUAUUUAAAUAUUUAACGUUAAAAAGGCAGCAGCUCGUUUUGUGUUGGUUGUAAUCCUUUUCUAUUUAUAUUUAUCUGUUAUGCCAUAUAGUUUACAGUUUUAUACCCUCUUGUGUUGGGUUGUCAGGCAAGGAACCGUAUUUAUAAAUAAAUGUACAUAUGUUUUUAUAAUGUAUUAUUUAUAUGAUUAUAGAUGGUUAAAUUAACUAAAACAGUGUUAAACAUCGUUUAUAAGUGUCUCACAUUCCCUUCUUUGUUUUUUUUGUAUGGAGUGGGGGCAGAUAAUUUGCAAUGCAGAGCCUAUUUACUAAGCUUUGGACGGAGAUAAAGUGAAUGGAGAGAAAGUAACAGCCAAUCAGAUCCUUACUGUCAUGUCACAGGCUGUGUUUGAAAAAUAACAGGGGCUGGUUGGUUGGUACUUUAUCUCCGUCCACUCUCUCUUUCUCCUAGGCUUAGUAAAUAGACCCCUAAAUGUAUCUACAUUGUUGAGAAUGCCCAAAAACCAUUGUUCUCUCUGUGUUCUAAAUCUGGCCAAAUUCGGAGGAAUCUUUAGUAAAUUUGGGCUCUGCUGAUUCCACCCCAAGGAGGAGAGUUAUCAAACAUUCUUAAAAGAAAAAGUGAGGCGUUGCCAUAGCAACUAAUCCACUUCUAGCUAUCACUUAUCGUGCGCAGUCUAUAAAAUGAUAGCUAGGGGUAUAUUUACUAAAGUGCAGGUGAAGUGGAAAUGUUGCUUGUAGCAACCAAUCAAAUUCUACUGAUCAUUUAGCACCAUUUAGAAGAUAAUAGCUAGAAUCUGAUUGGUUGCUACAAGCAACAUUUCCACGUCUAUAAACCCUCAUUUUAGGAAAUAUACCCCCUACAAUCUGUUUGCUAUGAGCAACAACUACACUUGUUCUCUUGAGGAGGUUUGACAAAUCUCCCCUUUAUCAUCCUAUCAAAUUCACAUUCUGAUCUUCAAAUGCAGGAUCCAGUUAUUUGCUUCCCUGUGUUAAAGAUUAAAUAAAUAUAAUACCAUUUUAAAA